AUGAGCAUGGAAGACGGAGAUGAUCCGUCAUGCUACAUGGUUCAGGAGACAGCGUUCGAUUAUGAGGACGCGUUUAAGGACUUUAAUGAAAGUAUGACAGCCAAGGAUUGCAAUUGCACACAUCCGUUGCACAAGUUUUUGGAGGUCUGCGUCUCAAAAUGUCAUGUUGCCGAUGACACCGUAUUCUUCUCAAUGACCGAUGAGGAGCUCUUCGAAAUCGCACUUCCCGGCUUCCUCUAUUUGACGGUUUUUCUAGUUGGAACUAUAGGAAACUCUAUGGUAAUUUUUGUUGUGAAUCGCUUUAAACGAAUGCGAAACGUUACAAAUGUGUUCUUGGCGUCGCUGAGUACUGCCGACUUGUGUCUAAUCUGGUUUUGUGUGCCUAUAAUGUUCAUGAAGUAUAUGUCCCAUACAUGGUCGAUGGGAAGGUUCGCGUGCUACUCUGUACACUAUAUACAGCAGUUUACGUGCUUCUGUUCCGUUUUGACGAUGACUAUGAUAAGUUUUGAAAGAUUCCUCGCCAUCGCCUAUCCGAUGCGAAACAUUUGGUUCUCCUCCAUAGGACGUGCUAAAAAAGUGAUAUUGCUCAUUUGGAUGCUCUCCGCAUUGUUAGCAGUCCCAACAGCCGUUCGAAUGGAUUACGAGACUAAUUUAUCGUUAUCCGGACAGCGGGUCCACUGGUGUAGACGACGAUUUCCAGCGAUGUUUUUAGGAUAUUCUAGGAUAUCGUUGAAUAAGGUGUAUGCAAUGUAUCAGCUCCUCCUUCUCAUCAUCUUCCCUGUGCUGACCAUGUCCAUAUGCUAUGCACGUGUCUCUGCAAUUGUCUACAAGUCAUCUAAAGAUCGAGUGAUACUGUCACAAGCAAUGGUCGCCUUCUCGAAAGCCGCCACCGACGCCGUCACAUUUUCCGGCUACUCGGCUAUUCCAAUGAUCACGACGUCUCGAAAUCUGAAAACUGCAAACACCACAAUCAAAUCAUACAGUAACCAUCGAAAUAACCGAGUAGCAGAAGCAAAUAAGAAACAGAUCGUUCAAAUGCUCAUCUCAAUCGUGUGCAUGUACACCGUCUGUUGGCUGCCAACCAUCAUCGACGAGCUACUCACCUCGUUCGGAUACAUUUGCCGAACAUCCAACACUCAAACUCUGAAACACAUGCGUAUGGGAUUUAACGCGUUGACGUACUGCCAAUCGUGCAUCAAUCCAAUUCUAUAUGCGUUUAUUUCCCAAAAUUUCCGGUCUACAUUCAAAACUGCGUAUGCAAGAAUGAAAAAUCGGUUGCAGGGUAACGAAGAAAUGCGAUCUCGUAUGGGUUCGUGCUCGUCGGCUAGUAUGAUGUCGACACGCAACCAACACAGAAUCUAUGGGUCCAGCUUCAAUACGCUUACUGUACCAGGCCGGUCUAUGAUAACGCCGAAUAUGUCACGAGACGUAUCACAAUUGUCACUGUGCCGUCCGAUAUCUCAAAUGUCUUUCUGUAGACCCAAGAGUCCGAUUGCGGCGGAUUCACCUUCGACGUUUAUGAGACACCGCCCACGCUCGCCAACCGAUGUGUCCCAUGACUCUGGGCGUCCUAGAAGCCCAACGGAUUUAUCGCAAUCCACAAAACCAUCCAGGCGAUCUUCUUCGAUUCGACCGCGCAGCCCAACAUCUACAUCGCAAAUGUCGGCAGUGGUGCGAUCGAGAAGUCCGACUGGAGCGUCGGACUGUUCGUCGUUGUACCCACCGGGUUCGCGAACACGAAGCCCAACACUACAAUCGAAUACCUCUGCCCAAUCCAUGGAACGUACAGCGGACCGUCUGAGUGUUCGUGACGCCGUACGACCCAAGACGCCACCGGCGGUUGCUGUCUAG